GACGCGCGUUUGCAAUAUUCGCCCGACCUCCUCUGAAGUAUGACGUCAAUGGAUUCGAAAUAUUGAAGCUGUAAACCAAGUGUUAGUUGUUCCUGAAAUUUAGCUCUUUGUGUUGUUUAACAUAAAUAGUUUUAUAUACAAUAUAUUUCAAGAGGGAAUUCGACAUUCAUAUCUGACUGUCCAGCCGACGCCAUCUUAUUUCCAGAAACCGAGUAGAGAAGAACAGGACAGAGUGGACGUCGAGAAAUAGAACGGAUAGUUACUAUUUCCUUUUAGUAAACUGGUAAUUAAUUCGAUUUACUGAAACACUUUAUGUUGUUAUUUAGUUGGAGCAUUGUGUAUCUCAAUGAGCUAAAGCGACCAAGAGUUUUGAGUAAUGUCCAUAUGAUAUGUAACUUAGCUAACAUUAGCUUGCAUGGUCGCUUGCUAACUUUCCUAGUAAGAAAUGGUUGCUUGCAACGAUGAACCACGGAUCAAUGACAUUAAGCUAACAACGUGUUGUCUCCAGUGUGUCUUGAAGUGCAUAACAUAGAUAGCUACCUCAGGCUGGAAGCCUUUGUAAUGUUAUCAUCUCCUCCCUCACACAGCUAACGUUAACUGAUAAAUCGUUGUUGGUUUGGAGUCCGCUAAUGUUAACAUUAGCUCUCCUUUUGUGGACUGUUAUAUUCUCUAGGACUUGUUCUGUUCAGGCUAAAUUGAUAACUGUAAGUAAACGUAACUUUUAUGAUAUGCUGACUUGAUUCAAACAUUGGUUAGCUAUUGUAUUUGGUAAUGUUCAGUUGAAGGGCCCAUAUUAGCUAGUGUUACUAGCUAGCUGGCAAGCAACUCAGGCUUGCUAGCUGACUUGCCGUGUAACGUUUCGAAACACCCCUGUGUGGUUAGCUAACGUUACCUAUAUUUAUAGAAGUGCUGGCGUUAGGUAACUACAGAAAAUAACUUGGAGAUAUUUAACGCUGACCAACCUUUUGUUGCAGUAGCAACGAGUGAAGAUGAACAACGCGUUCUCCAAAUAAUUCUGGUAAAAGAAACAGUCUUAUUGCUUCUCUGUUCUGUGCAUUUAUUUUAGCUAGUUAGCUCCCAUCAACAGUGGUAUAACGUAAAUGUGGCUAGCUUGACAUAGUAACCAUGUGCUGCAAAUAUUAUUGCCAGUUUAUGAUCUCACAGAAGUCGUGUAGAUCCACACUUUCUAAUUCUACUUAUUUGUUAUCUAGCAUAUUAAUGAAGUGCCUCGUGUUAUUACUUCCCAUAACAUCGAAUGACUCUCUUAUUUGGCUUUAUGGAAGCACCAUGGAUAAAUAUAAUGUAACAUCCCUGAAAAUGAGUCAGAAAGCUCCUGUCAUGUAUUUAGAUUUUGUAACAUAACCUAAGCCAGUAUUUCCACACUGUAACACGGUGUUGAUGUAUGAAAUGACUUGUCAAAUACAUCAAGUCCUACUUUCUGGAUCAAAACCAGAGGUUGGCUGAUUGUGCCUGAGGGUCAGACUCUUGUCUUUCCAUCAGCCACAAGGUUACUCUGGUGUCUGGGCAUUUAAAAUAUUGCAUAUAUGUUCAUGCAUUAUUUUAAGAUAUAAAUAAUACAUCAUUGCCUAAAUACUUUGGGUGUCGGCGGUCAGUGUCCAGAACCCAUCUCAUGCCCAGUUCACCUCAAAUAUUCCAGCAUUUUAAAUGAACCUGUUGGUGUAUGUCGGGGAGUGUCUUUCUGUUUUUUUCUAUGUUUAGGUAAAGAAGCUUCUUCUCUUUUCUGAAGAUUUCUGGAUAUGGAAUAAUUCCUUUUUUUUUCUGAGGAGAGGAUUGAGAUUUCUGGAAGAUUGCCAUUUUCUGCUCCUUUAUAUUUUUUUCUCCCCCCAGUAUUCAUCCUUUACCUUUUCCAUAUUUCUCUGAAAGGCCCACCCUCAACCCCUACAGUCAGCACUUUUUUUUUCUGUCAGUGACCCAGAUAUCAGAAGAUACAAGCCCUAAUCCCCCCCCCCCCCUUUUUAUUAUUAUAGUUUUUGAUGCCCUCCCCUCUUAACAGCCACCCAGAAGAUUAUUUUCAAAUUUACUUCAUCAUCCCUCUCACCCCUAGAUUGUCUUCAUUUGUCCACUAUUAAUAAAAAAAAAGAAAAGAAAGAAAAAAAAAAGACUUUUGCACCACGGAUGAAUAAUAGUUGAUCAGGCUAACGGGAGCAGUAGGAUCUAUUCUCGCCGUGCUUUCACUCUUUACUCACGGAUCAAGUCUUCCUUCAGGAUAUCUGCCCCAUCUCGGACCUCAGCACUUAAGAGAAGAGCAGGGGAUUCUUCUCAACCGCUCCAGAGAGAGCUCAGGCCCUGAAAGAGACAGCCAGUGAGAGGAUCCAGAGUUGCCUGUCCCAGCAUGACCAACCACGGUGAUGACUGUUACUUCUUCUACUACUCGACGUGCAGCAAGGGCGACAGCUGCCCGUUCAGACACUGCGAUGCCGCAAUGGGCAGCGAGAUGGUGUGCAGCCUGUGGCAAGAGAAUCGCUGCUUCCGCAAGGUCUGCAAGUUCCGCCACAUGGAGAUUCAGAAAAACAGGAAGGAGAUAGCAUGCUACUGGGAGAGACAGCCAUCAGGAUGCCAGAAGUCCCACUGCGCUUUUCACCAUGAGAGAGCUCGUUUCAUAGACGGAGUCUUUGUUCCUCCCAAUAAAGGCUCAGCUGUGAAGAAAGGCGGAGAGGAGGAGCCUACGCAGGAAGAGCCAGCCCCUCAGCCCCCCAAUCCUUCUAACCCCCAGCUCCGCGGUGUCAUAAAAGCUGACACGCAGGAGAACGUGCCCAGCCCCACCCAUCCACCAGUGGUCAUUAACCCUAUUGAUGACGAAGACGAAGAUGAGGACGAUCAGUUCUCAGAGGAAGGAGAUGAGCGGUCCAGAAUGUCCUCUCCAAGGAAACUGAUGAUGGGCCCCAAAGACGAUUCCUUGAACUUUGGUGUGCGGACGCUGGAGGAGAUCCGGCUGCGCAAAGCCCUAAAGGCCAGUCUAAGGAGAGCAGAGGAUGCAGGGCUUACAGUACCAAGCACUGGAGAGAAGGAGAACAUGAGCUCCAUCCUUCGCCCAGCACUUUUCACCGCCAAGAACCGUCCUGAAGAAGCAGGAAAGUGGAGAAUCACGGAUCGACUUGAGAAAAGAACACUUAACGAUGACACGCCUGUGGAGGGGGAGCUGCCUGUGAAGCGCAGCCUGUCCCAUCGCCUGGGUGGGAGGGCGGAUGGAUCAGAGGAUCCAGACCAACCCUCUCAGCGGGGUGCACAUUCAAUGCGGGAGAGACUGGGCCUGCAUGCAGAGUCCAGCAGCACUCCCAGCCCUGCAGCCACUAGCCAGCCGGGCCCUACUGGAGAGAUUCGUAUUAAGACGUUGGAGGAGAUUCGGCAGGAGAAGGCCGCCAAGUCCCAGGCACAGGCCUCCGACAGCCCUCCCAAGAAGAUCACGAAGAGCUUCUCCGAGACCCUCCUUGCCAAGAAAAAGCAGGAGCUGCAGAAGAGGAAGGUGCAUGUGGUGACCAAACCUGUGAGUAAAGAGACUCCAGAGGCCACACCCGUUGUCAAACCCUCCGCUCCGGCCCAGCCAAGCGGCGGGGUGCGGGUGAAGACCCUGGAGCAGAUCCGGCAGGAGAAGGCAGCCAGACUGGAAGCCCAGGCCCAGAGCCCUCCUGCCCAGGACCAGAGCUCAUCGUCGGGGUCUGAAGAAGGAGGAGCCCCUAACAAGAAGCGAAUCCUGCGUAUCAAAACACCUUCACCUGCAUCAGCUGAUGUCAAAGUGCAGAAACUUGCUGAGCUGCCUGAGAAGCCCAAAGAUGGUGGAUUUAAUGAGACGUUGGCCAAUGGGAAAGCUGUGGCUCCUGCUGUUGAGAAGGUGCGGCCAGACUCCAGCUCGGUGAAGGUUAAGACAUUUGAGGAGAUCAUGCAGGAGAAGCAGCUGCGCAGGCAGGAACAGGAAGCCACCCAGUCCCAGGCCACACCAGCUGCCCAGAAGCAGCCCAUCACGGUGACCAACACCACCACCAUCACCACCCCGGCGCCCAGCCCGCCCGCUCCUGUCCCUGCCCCUGCCCCUGCCCGCCAGCGCAUCACUGUAAAGCCCAAUGUGGCCCCUGCCGUCCUCAAUGCUGAGCCCCUUGUCGCUGCAAGCGCAGGUCCCAAAGACCUGCCUGUGAGCUUGGUGAAAAGGCCUAGGAUCGCUGCAGCUCCUGCUCCAGCCCCCACCCCUGCCCCGGCCCCCGCCCCUUUGCCGGUCCAGCAGAUCCCUGUCUCAGCAACGCCGCAACCAAACACAGCCCCAGAGACCGGCCCACUGAAGAAGUCCCCUGAGAAUAAAGUGAAACCCAAGGUAAAUGUGAAGCCAGUGGUGAAGCCAUCCUCUAUGAAGCCAUCCUCUAUGAAGCCGUCUGCACACGUGCGGCCGGGCCAGAAGAGGAAGGCGGCGGCCGGCAAGGGGUCAGCUGUUGCCGCGGUAAAACCCUUGAGCCCGGCUGCUGCCGCUGAAGAAGCCGCCGAGCUGCAGGAGCCGCCCUGCAAACGCUCUGAGGUGUCUGUACCCGCUCCUCCAUCUGCGUUAGAAGCAGCGGCCACCCAGAUUCCCCUCCAGGGCCAUGCCAUCAGCAGCUCUGCUGUCGAGGGUAACACACAGAAAAACGACCUCCAGACUGUGCCUGUGUUUGAGCAGAGCCCGGCCACACCCACAUCCAACAGCUCAGCGGAGAACCUCAUGACUGCCCCUCAGAGCCCUCCUGUGCCGAAGACCCCAAACCAGACGAGGGCACGCAAGGGAAGCACCACCACUCCCCGCAUCAACACCUCUGUUACGUCCAGCACCUCUAAUGUGGAUGACUUUGAACAGCUGAUCAAUGAGUUUGAGAUGGACGAUGAAGUCGAUCUGGGGCCUGACAAGGGGGAGGAUGACCUUCUCCUAGAAUUGUCGGAGAUGAUUGGUAGCUGAAAGAAAACACUCAAGACAAGCCCCCUGCACGCCUUCUUAUUCACUGUUACUGAAAAAAAAAAAAAAUGCCACCAUUUCCCUUUUAAACUGAACUCUGUUGCAUUUGGUUUUAAUUUGUGUUGGAUAAUAUUUCAGUGCUUUUAAUUUAAAGGCUUUUUUUAUGGUCCCCUUUAUCUCAUAAAAAUACAAAAAGGGGGGUUUUGUUUUGCUCAUUGAUAAGCUGAUGUUGACUCAGCUUUGUUGAGGAAUCAAGCCCUCUCUCAGAACCAUUCUCCCAAGAAAGCAGGGCUGAGGUAGAGAGUUGGACUAGACUCCCCUGGAGUAGGGGAAUCGUGUUGGUUAUUCCGUAUACUAUGUAUGCAAACAUCAAGCUUCAGAGACAUGGAACAGGGCUGGCUCAACAAAGUGAAGUUACACCACCCAGGAAUCUUUAAUGUGCUCUGUGUUUCAAAUCAUGUACAGAGUUGUAUUUCCCCCCCCCUUUCGUUUUAAAUUCAUUGUUAUCUCAGUCUCUUAGCCCAAGAAAAUGUGAUCAGUGACUCUUUAAUGUCUUACCCCUUGAAGCUCAAAGCCAUAGAGUUCCUAAACAUCUGACAUGCCUGUGGUCUUUUUGUGUUCAUGCGCAGUCCCCUUCUUAAGAUUUUUGUUUUGUUUUUGUUUGUGCAUCACUGGCAUCUGCUUUUUAUUCUCCACAUUACUUCAAGGGACCAUGUUGUAUCUACACUCUUUCAGUUACAAUUAUGGCUUGAAAAAAUGCUUCUCAGGGACUACACUUGAGCUGUCUGAUGGUUGCUGUACAGGUUACAAAUACUUUUCUCUGUUAAACUGUAUCCUGUGCUAUUGUCUCAUUUUAUUUUGUUGCCGCAUAAUUACUUCUCUAGAAGUAUCUCGUAUAUGAGUUACUGUGUCGUUAAUUUCUUUUGGUUCCUCUUCAUCUUCAAUCCUGUUGUAUAAGUCUUUGUAAAUAAUAAAAAAAAUCUUUUAUGAGAA